AUGUCUCAAUCCAGAGACAAUUCCCCAACUUCUGAUGACCCUAAUGCGAUGGCUAUGCAAUUGUUAGCGCAAUUCCAGAGCGCUUCCUCUCGCCAGGCGCCCAUCAUGGCACCUAAGGGCCCUGAAAAUGCUCUUCAUCCAGUGCAACGGAUCACUGGAAACUCAGAAGAACCAACAAUGUCUUUUGAGAUCAUCGUCCCAGCGGUUAACAACCCUGAGGACUAUGAGUAUUUGCCCGGUCACUUCGAGAUCCAUCGCAUUCUUGCAGUUGAUAUGCAUGAGCCGAAACUCAUUGUCAGGCUCAAAAGUGGUGAACGUCAAACAAUGACCAUCGAGAAAUUGAAAAGCCUCAAGAACGGUCGGGAGGCUUUGCGUGAAUUUAACCGUGACUCACAGAGUCCUGAUCCCCUCGCAUUGGACCACAGACCCAUUUCACAUCUCAUUUACUCGGGUGGAGAUGGUCCUGCAGACUAUGAUUCAGACAUGGAUUGGGGAAUCGCACGAAGACGCCAACGGCGUGGCCCGUCCAUCUCAUACGACCAUUUCUUCCGCAGUGACGAUGAAGAUAAAGGUGACGACUACCAAAGCCGCGGUGGAGAUAAAAGCAGCGUGCAGAUAGACUCAGAUGAGUCCAGUGAUGUGGAUGGAGAUGAUCCUCCAACCAAACGCCGCCAGUUGAGAAGAGGUGUACAGAAGGGCAAACAGCGUGCUCGCGAAUGGUCCGAAGAAUCUUCUGCCUCCGAUACAGGCAAAGGCAAGCGAACAUCAUCCCGCCUACGACAGACCCGUCGACGCAAUAUGAAAGAGCGACAUGAAGACGACGAAUAUUCUGAGCCCGACGUUGAAGAGCCUAAGCAGCAAAAGUUCUCGGGCGCAAGGGAGCAGUUCCUCGAACUACCAAACGACAAUGAGUUCAGACUGUGCCACUCCCAGUCAUGUGCCCAAUGCGGCUAUGAAGAUUAUGACCUCGAAAAAGGGUCUUUGAUUUUCUGUCAAGGCUGUACUGUGUCCUACCAUCAAGGCUGUCUUGGCGAUCGAAGCAGCCGAAAGCACUUGGCCACCAAGGUUGACGAUGGAGAUUUCAUUCUUCAAUGCAGUCGGUGUUUGGGGAUCAAGCACCAAGAGCAUGAUAUGAAGCCUCAUUUGGGCCACUGUGCCGUGUGCAGAGAGGAAGGACCCAUGUCGCAGCCUUUGCGAGAGACUCUUUCUUCCCAGAUCGAGCAGCAAUUGCGGGAAGCCAACGACGGCAUAGAUCCAAUUACCCACGUAGAUAUGUCCCGUGUAAACAGCGUUGACAACGUCCUUAUCAGAUGUCUUGGUGGCAGUGACAGUUGCAAACGAGCCUUCCAUAUUCAGCAUCUACCAAACAUGGUAGAGAAGGAUCGUGCCAACAUUGAUCCUGACAACUGGCAAUGCAAUGACUGCUCUGAAUCUCCUCCUGGAGCCAGCCCCAUCCACGUGAUCGUUGCUUGGAGACCAAAGAAUUUCAAAGUCGAGGUCGUCCCCCGGUUGGUUGAAAUGAUCCCAGAGGUCGAAAAAGAGUAUCUCAUCAAGUGGCACAAUAUGUCUUACUUCCGUGUCACCUGGUUGACUGGAGACUGGGUCUGGUCCAAGGCUCCUGCUAGCCAGAUGAAGGCCUUCCUCAAGUCAGACAGAUCCGCCAAACCCAUCAUGACAACAGCCGAAGCUGUUCCCGAAGAAAAUCUGCGAGUGGACAUUAUUUUUGAUGUCGAAUAUUACACCGAGCCCGAAUCCCAAGAGGAUCGAGCAAACGCCGAGAUGGUUAAGCGGGCAUAUGUCAAGUACAAAGGGUUGCCCUACGAAGACUCAGUCUGGGAAGAUGCCCCAAGUCAGACCGACACAGCUCGUUGGGAGGAUUUCCAGAUUGCUCUUAUCGACAGGGUGCUCCGAGAGAAUAUUCACCCGCCUAGGCCGAAGGAUCUUGUAAGCCGUCUCCGAGAUGCCCGCGGAGAGAACUGGAUGGCGUGA